GUUUUUGUGAUCGAAAGGGUCGUCUAGAAUGUGUGCAACAGUGGAAAAGAGUUUUAUUAGGUUUCGUGUACUCUUACAAUGCGCAUGAUAUGAGAAAACAACUGUCAUCGAUCAGUGAAGAUGACCACUCGGACUAUGGGAGCACAGUCAGCGGCAGCACGGGAAAAUCCCCGGGGCCCAUUUUCCCGGCGCCCACUUUCACUUUCCCCGGCCAACCGCCACCCGGAACCGUCCUCACGCAUAAAGCAGCCGUCUACUACCACCAUCAACUUAGUUUACAGGAAGAUCAGGGUAUCGACAUGACACAGUCUCCUGGGAGAGACAGUCCAGGCUCUUCCAGUGGCAGUGCAGGAUCGGGAUCCAGACACAGUACUGCCUCUCUGGAUAGCGGCAGGGCUUCAUAUCAUCCCCUUAGCACAGCUGGCAGAAGUACCAUCGGUUCCUCGAACAGUCCAAGAUGUUCGCUGAGUUCGUGUUCAAUAGGGUCAGACCAAGGCAGGAUCGAACGGAUGAUACACCAAGGGGUUCCGGAUCAAGAAAUAAUCCAUGCGUGGCUAGUGGACCUACAAUUCGAGGAGUACUUCCCGUUGUUCAUAGCAGCAGGAUACGACCUGCCUACCAUCGGUAGAAUGACGCCAGAAGAUUUGACGGCCAUAGGGAUCAAGAAACCAAACCACAGAAAAAGGCUCAAGGCCGAAAUCGCGCAACUCAAUCUACCUGACAAUCUGCCAGAGUUUAUACCAGGUUCGUUAGAGGAAUGGUUGAGUUUGCUGCGGCUUGAAGAAUACCUUCCAGCAUUUUUGGACCAGAAUUACCAAACGGUAGAUGAUGUAACACAGCUGACUUGGGAAGAUUUAGAGGAAUUCGGCAUUGUGAAAUUAGGACAUCAAAAGAAGAUCAUGCUAGCGAUAAAAAGGAUCAAGGACAUCAAAGCUGGAAAAAGAAUAAAUUCGGAUUCGAAUAGAAUUUAUGCAACGCAGAAAAGACUUUUUUAUACAUAUCAUGCUCUCAAUUAUGGGAUGUGGAACUUUAAUAAACGGAAUUCACUCAACUGUGCAACAAAAUUCAGAUGUGAAAUAUCCUUUUUAUGAUAAUUUUCAACACUUCUGUGACUAUUGCACUAGUUGCAAACCCUGUUAAC